AAUGAGACUAUUUCCCCCAUCUGAGGACUACUCCCUGAAAAAAUCAGAGCUACUCCCUGGGACUACUCCCUCAUUAAUAUUCAUUAAUAUUUUUAACCAAUCAAAAUAUUCGGUGGGCGGGGCGUUCAAAGAAUCUCGUGUCUGUGACGUAAUAUGAAAUUAACAGAUUACGUCAGAAUCAGCUGGAAAGAUGGAUGGGGGGAGAUUUGGAAUUUUCACUGAGGAACAGUUACAAUCUAUUAUUGACAACAAGUCAAGUUUGAACACAAAAGCAGUUGUAAAAACCGCGAUAAAUAUACUUAAAACUUAUCUCACUGAAAGAGACUUAGGAAAUAUUGACGAUUUGGUAAAUGUUACACCAGAGGAAUUAAACCAGUGCUUGCGGAAAUUUUAUGCAGAGUUACGAAAAGUAGACGGAACUAAGUAUGCUAGAAAGUCCAUGGUAACUAUUCGAUAUGGACUUCAACAACACUUUCUUAAAGUUCGGAGUGAGGAUAUCAUCAACGAUGACAGAUACAGCACCUCCGGUGAAAUGUUUAAAGCUGUCUUGGUCCAGCUCAAGAAAACCGGAGUCGGUGAAACAAAAUCAAAGGAACCUAUAGUUAUAGAGGAUAUGGAAAAACUUUAUGCAUCUGAUGCAUUUUCCGUGGAUACUCCCGAAGGACUCCAGAACAAAACGUUGUUUGAGUACUUGUAUUACUUCUGUAACAGAGGAAGAGAAAAUCUGCGGGAAGUCCAAAAAUCAGACUUUACCAUAUCUGUGGAUCCUUCCAAUAGAGAGUACGUAUCAGUUAUAAACAAACAAACCAAGAAUCAUAGAGGGGAUGAUAUUCACAACAAAGAUCAUAAACAAGGCCGAAUGUAUGACAGACCAGGCGAUCCAAGGUGUCCUGUUACCUCAUUCAAGAAAUACUUGUCAAAGCUGCAUCCAUCUAACCCCAAUUUUUGGCAAAGACCCAAAAGAAAGUAUUCCUAUGAUGAAGACACCUGGUACGAAAAUUCUGCACUCGGAAAAAACACGCUAUAUUCUUUUAUGUCCUGUGUAAGUGAGGAGUACACCCUGUCCAAACGCUACACAAAUCAUUGUGUUCGGGCCACCUCAAUCACUGUCCUAGACCACAAGGGUGUGGAAGCACGCCACAUUAUUGGUGUCACUGGACAUAAAAGUGAAACCUCCAUCAUACAGUUCUCACUUGAGCGAGGACAAAAAGCGUCAAAUGUCCGACAUUCUAAGUGAAAAUGUGCCCCCUGCUAAGCGAUCUGUUAGAUGUGUUCAGUCCAAACCCUGUCCUGAUAAUUUUCCAGAAAUGUUCGAUUUCUUGGAUGAUGACCUCAACAAAAUUCUUUGCGAACUUGGAGAUUACGAGUUUCAAAACUCCAACACAGGAUUUGUUUCUUUACCCAUGGCUCAAGUUCCCAACAACUUUCACUUUUCAAACUGCCAAAUAACAUUUAAUAUGCAAAACAACUAAAAAUGUUCACUUAAUGCUGACCGCACAAUUAAGAUUUUUAGGCUACUCUGCUUAAUUUAUUACAGUGAUAAGUUGUGGUCAAUCCACAUGUAUAUAUGUUGACUGUUGAAACUAGUUUUAUUGAAGACAUUAUCUGUGAUAUUAUUAUUUUAAUUUAUUUAUCAAUUUAUCUGUGAUAUUAACUGUGAUAAAUGACUUUA